AUGUCUCUGCUCACCAAUUAUGAGGGGCUUCGGUAUCAGAUCGAGAGGCUGGUACGGGAGAAUGAGGAGCUGAAGAAGCUGGUGCGGCUCAUCUGCGAGAACCGCGAGCUGAAGUCAGCGAUCAAGACACAGGCGGGUGGCCUGGGCAUCAGCGGGUUCACCAGUGGACUUGGUGAGGCGGCAGGCAGCCCUUCCCAACGCCAGAGAAACUGUGUCUUCCUGCCCCCAUCCCAGGCAGCAGCAAAUGAACCUGUCCUGGAAGAAGUGGGAAUUAUGGCUCUGACGCCCCUGGCCGACAUGCUAAACAGCCGACAGCCUAGCCCUGCAGCAGGCCCCAUCGUGAGCCCCCUGACCGGCCCUCUCACCACACUGCUGCCAGACCCGGCAUCCAUGUCACAGAGCAACCUGCUCACCAGCCUCUUAACCAGCCCCCUGAGCAGCCACCUGGCCAGCCCCACGGCAGCGCCUCCAGCAGGCACCCUGGCCAGCUCCCUGGGCCUGCCGUCUACCGGCCCCCUGAAUCCAAGCAGCCACCUAGCCAGCCCCACGGCAGCGCCUCCAGCGGGCACCCUGGCCAGCUCCCUCGGCCUGCCCUCUACUGGCCCCCUGACUCCGAGCAGCUCCCCGGCGGAACCCCAGGCAGUACCUCACAGCAGCUCUCUGAUGGGCCCUGUGACCGGCACAGUGGCUGGAGCUGCCCCUCUGGGUGUCUCUCAGAACCUUCUGGCAGCCCCCAUGAGCAAUCUGGUGCUGUCGGAGGCCCCAGGGGUACGGCUGGCCACGCCGCUCCAAGGAGGCCCCUCGGGACCCCAUCCCUCAGCUGGUGUGGGACCUGUUGCCACCUCCAAAGUCCCUCUCUCCACGGAGCACCCCCAGCCGGCCCAGGACCCAGAGCCCCUCGGCGUGAUGUUAGUGGGUGCGCCCAUCCAGAGCUCCACCCCUGUCAGUACUGUGGGCGUGCCCGGCCCCAUGGCAGCCUUCAGCUAUGGCACCUCGAAUGCCCAGACCCAGCCUGGUGCCCCCCAGGAACGUGCAAUUCCUGCCCCUGUCACCACCCCCGCUGCUGCCUCCCCCACCAGCACAGCCCUUGCCUCUGCCCCCCAGGCAGCCACUGACUACACCCCAUCAAGCACCACCCACACUGCCCAGCACUCCCCGCACUCCGACAACCAGGCUCACCACUCUCCCACUCAGCCCGUGCCCACCUCCCACUCCCCUCCAUGCAACCCCCACUCCCCACGUCGAACCCCGUCCUCCCUGGCUUCAGUCAGCGGCACCCGGGGCCCACGCAUCGCGGACACGUCUCGGAAGAGCGUCCCUGAGCUGGAGCGGAAGCCGGCACACCGAGAACCCAGCAAGUUCCCUGGCAACUCCUGAGAGGCAAAGCAGCCGGCCUGGGAGAGGCUGGUGGGGGAGAUCGCCUUCCAGCUGGACCGCAGGAUCCUGGCCAGCAUCUUCCCGGAGCACGCGCGCCUCUACGGCUUCACGGUCUCCAACAUUCCGGAAAAGAUCAUUCAGGCCUCCCUGAACCCCAGCGACCACAAGCUGGACGAGGAGCUGUGCCAGACGCUCACACAGCGCUACGUGAGCAUCAUGAACCGGCUGCAGAGCCUGGGGUACAAUGGGCGCGUGCACCCCGCGCUGACUGAGCAGCUGGUGAACGCCUACGGCAUCCUGCGCGAGCGGCCCGAGCUGGCUGCCUCCGAGGGACGCUCCUACACUGUGGAUUUCCUGCAGCGCGUGCUGGUGGAGACCGUGCACCCCAGCAUGCUCACCGACGCGCUGCUGCUGCUGUCCUGCCUCAGCCAGUUGGCGCAUGACGACGGCAAGCCCAUGUUUAUCUGGUGA